AUGCCGCCGCCCGCCACCCCCGCUGCCUUCGCCGUCGCGGCGGCCGCCCGCGCCGCGCCAACGUCGGCGGCGGCGCUCGCGCUCCUCAAGUCGUCGCUGUCCGCAGACCAGGCGCUCUCUCCGCUCGCCGUGCUCCCGCACCUCGAGGACGCGCCGUCGCUGCCCAGCCUCCUGCUCGCGGCCUCCGCCGCCGCUCGCCCCCACACCACCUCGCUCCGCCUCUACGCGCGGAUCAAGUCCCUCUCCCUCCCGAUCUCCACCGCCUCGCUCCACCCGCUCCUCUCCGCCCUCCCCUCCGCCCCGGCCUUCGCCCUCUUCGCCGACAUGUUCCGCCUCCGCCUCCCGCUCUGCACCACCACCUUCAACAUAAUGCUCCGCCACCUCUGCUCCGCUGGAAAGCCCGCCCGCGCGCUCCAACUCCUCCGCCAGAUGCCCCGCCCAAACGCUGUGACCUACAACACCGUCAUCGCCGGGUUCUGCUCCCGGGGCCGCGUCCAGGCGGCGCUGGAUAUUAUGCGGGAGAUGCGAGAACGCGGAGGUAUCGCGCCCAACCAGUACACCUACGGCACGGUGAUCUCCGGCUGGUGUAAGGUUGGCCGGGUCGAUGAGGCAGCCAAGGUGUUCGACGAAAUGCUGACCAAGGGAGAAGUGAAACCGGAAGCUGUGAUGUACAACGCAUUGAUUGGUGGGUACUGUGACCAGGGUAACCUUGAUACUGCUCUUUUGUACCUUGAUAAAAUGGUGGAGAGAGGGAUAGCCAUGACAGUCACCACCUACAAUUUACUCGUGCACGCCUUGUUCAUGGAUGGGCGUGGAAAAGAGGCAUAUCAGUUGGUUGAGGAGAUGGGUGGAAAGGGUCUUGCACCAGAUGUCUUCACGUACAAUAUAUUGAUCAAUGGGCACUGCAAAGAAGGCAAUGUGAAGAAAGCAUUAGAGGUGUUUGAAAAUAUGUUCAGUAAAGGGGUCCGUGCAACAGUGGUGACCUAUACAUCAUUGAUAUAUGCCUUGUCCAAGAAGGGGCAAGUUCAGGAGGCAGAUAGGCUGUUUGAUGAUGCUGUAAUGAGAGGUAUUAGGCCUGACCUUGUCUUGUACAAUGCUCUGAUCAAUAGCCACUCCGCUUCUGGUAACAUUGAUCGGGCAUUUGAGAUAAUGGCUGAUAUGGAGAAGAAAAGGAUUGCUCCUGAUGAUGUGACCUAUAAUACACUAAUGAGGGGGCUGUGUUUACUGGGGCGUGUUGAUGAAGCACACAAGCUCAUUGAUGAGAUGAAAAGGAGGGGAAUCCAGCCAGACCUUGUCAGUUAUAACACACUGAUCAGUGGUUACAGCAUGAAGGGUGAUGUCAAGGAUGCUCUGAGGAUUCGGGACGAGAUGAUGAAUAAGGGGUUCAAUCCAACGAUUUUGACAUACAAUGCCCUGAUAGAAGGGCUCUGUAAGAACGGCCAGGGAGACGAUGCUGAGAAUCUGGUCAAAGAGAUGGUACAGAAUGGCAUCACCCCUGAUGACAGCACAUACAUCUCACUGAUUGAGGGGCUUACCACUGAAGACGAGCGUGCCACUGAAGACGAGCAACUGGCUCAAAAUGCUGCGAAAGCAUGAGCCUUCUUAUGAAGCAGAGAGGCAUUCUGGACAGAUAGAGCAGAUCAAUUCAAAUUCUUGAUGCCCUAAAAAAGGGAAAUCAAAUGAUUGGAGGUUUGCUCAACCUUUUGCCGUGUGUGUAAUAUCAUACUACAUUGCUCCGACAUUUCCUAAUAGGACUACAAAAUAAUCAUUUUGAAGCUUGGUGCAGCUGGCAAAGAGGGUCAGGUGGCACUCAAAUUUCGUCUCACUGUUGCUCUUCUUGCCCGAGCUGUAGUUUCAUCUUUGCUAAGUUGAUCUGUGGAUAUAUGCCUGUAAGGCUGUUAGUUUUGACAACGAAGGGAACACAUGCACGCAUGCUGUUCUGAAGACUCCCAGCAACAUUCAUUCCAAUAUAGAACUUUAGCAGUUUCGACCUGGCCAUAUCACAACUCACUCUAUUUAUAUGAUUGUCUGAUUGUUAUACUAUAUUCUACUACAUUCGUUUCAUAUUGUAAGACUUUUUGAUCCUGACUAGAUUUAUUCAUUGAUUAAUAUAC